CUUGACAACUCCACCCUCUCUCUCUCUUCCCCCCUCUCUUUCGGAAUUCCUCGAAGCUAUAAUGGCGAAGGCGAGCCCGAUCCGGUGGCCGCGGGCGCUGACCGCCUCCCUCUCACCGCGUGGCGACGCCCUCCUCCUCCUCCUCGCCCUCCUCUCCAUCCUCUCCCUCAUCACCCACGAGCUCUCGCGCCACUCCGCCCUCGCCGCCGCCGACUUCGAGGGCUUCGACGCCGACGACCUCGACGACGCCGACGACGACUCGCACACCCUCCCCUCCUCCUCCCCCCCUCCCCCCACCUCCCUCUCCUCUUCCUCCUCCUCCUCUUCCCCCGAGUCCCACCACGGCCCCCCUCCCCCCUCCGACCCUUCCCAUCCCAAGCCCUCCACCCCCCUCGACUUCUGGGACGAGGAAGAGUUCGAGGGCAUCCCCGAUACCCCCUCCCCAUCCGACCCCACCCAAUCCCCCGCCGAUCCCCUCCCAUCCGAUCCCACCGCCGUCCCCUCCAAGCCCUCCCCCACAACUCCGCCCUCCCUCCAGUCCUACUCCAUCGAGAUCGCCUGCAUCAGCUUCUUGAUCUGCUUCGCCAUCAACUACUUCACCGGCCGGCGCCAGAACGAGGCGAUCGCCCUCGCAUGGGCCGCCAAAUUCGCCACCAAGGACUCCAUAUUCGAUAAAAAUUUCAGCUUGGUCGGCACCGGAGACGGCAAGGACACGCCGCUGCUGCUUAAGGAGGGGCAGGACGUGUUCAAGUUCUAUGCCAGCGGCCGGCGAUUCUGCCAAGGCCUGCUGGCCACGAUGGAGCUGCGCAGCCGGCACGACCUGAUCUCGAGGAUGCUUGAUCUGGUGUUCCCCAAGAAGGACACGAUCACGUUCGAGGUGGUGAUGAACGAGGAUGCGAUGGACCAUGUCGUGCUGGCCCUUGCGAGGAAGAAGCUGGCGAAGGCGAUGCACAAGGAGGCCACGGACCUGCAGCGGUUUGCCACGCUGGUGACGGCACCGCCGUCAGGGAGGAAGUGGGUUGCUGAUGAGCUGAUGGUGGUUUCGGAAUCAAAGGAGGUCGCUGGGGAUCUGAUUACUGACGCCGUGCUUGAUCAGAUUUUCGGGGAGAAGGCAUUAGAGAAAUUUGGGAAGUGGUUCGUCUCGCUGCAUUUCUCCGACCAACAAUCAGGCUCUCAUAAGAAGAUUCUCAUGUUUAAAUUUGUACUUCCAGAUGCCAACAACAUGGCUGACAUGACGCGACUGGUUACUCUCAUUCCAUAUUAUAUCGAUUUGAUUGGACGCUACAAACUAAGUUCUCAUGCCCACUCUAAAACUGAAGCUGCUAGAGCAAAAGCAGCUCAAGAGACAUUCAAAGAACUUCAAAAUGUCAGGCAGGAAGCACUGCAGAAAAGAAAGGCCGAAAAGAAAAAGUUGAUGGCAGAUACUGAGGCCAAGCUUAGUGCUGAGGCACUUCGCAAAAGGGAAGAGAAAGACCGUGCUCGACAAAUGAAGAAGUCAAUGCCGAGAAUUAAGAUGCUCCGCUCAUAGAUAUUCUACUUGCAUGGGUUGCUGGGGCUUGUUGCAUCUUUACACUUAAUGCAUAGCUUAAACUUGAAGCAAAGUUGUAUUCUUCUGCAUAACUGCUCCAUGGGAACACUUAUGCUGCUCUUGUUUCUUUUAAUUUGUGAAUUUCUAGGUCGUGGCAACUAAACCACUACCACAGGAGAUCCUGUCAAUGCUUUCAGCAGAUUAUUGGGGCCUCUAGGAGGCUGUUUCGCAGAUCACCAAUGCUGCUGCUUUGCAUGGCUGGUCCAGUUAUCAUUUGAACUGAUUUACGUGUGUAGUUUAGCACAACUGCUUCAGCAAAUGCUGUAGUGUAGCAUAUUUGAAUUUUGCUGUUACUUGUGGUGUGUUAGCCGAGACUCAUCAAUACAUCAAGUAUUAUGAACUCAUUUAGAAUUAUGAG